AUGGAUCCUGCUAAAGAAGUAUGUGAGUUUACACUUGAUAUUGAGAUGCUCCAGACCUUCACCCGAUAUCUGCUGGAUGAUGAUAAAGACUCUCGUGGUACUGCAGGCAGUGUCUGGCAUAUUAAUAAUGGAGAAUGGGAACCAGUUGAUUAUGAUCCUAGUAUAGGCCGUAACACUCUCUGUGGUAGCUCUAUUGAUAACUGGCAUGGGAUGCAUCAAAGGAACAGUAACUGGAUGGAUGGAGUGGAGCAUGUUACACAGUGUGGUAUACCUCCAGGAGCUAGUUUUACUUAUAUCUUCAAUGCAUCUCAAUACGGUACUCACUGGUACCACUCUCACAGUGGAGCUCAGAGAACUGAUGGACUCUUUGGAGCUCUCAUUGUUAAAGAGAAGGAGCAAGGUAAUGCACAAUACACUGCCUUCCUGAACAAGUUGAAUGACAUGAAGCUAGAACCAAAUAAAAAUUAUUUUGAUAAUCCUGGUGAACAUACUCUAACUUUACUAGACUGGCAGAAGUCAAGCUCGCUGGAUCUCUUCACACAAAUACAAUCAAGUAUCAGGUACUUUAACAUUGACAAAGCAUCAGAACUGCAAGGGAAUAGAGCAGCUACAGGUACCAGUUCAACGGACGGAGCAUUCAUAGGGCCCGUGCCUUAUUGGUCUGGACUUAUAAAUGGAAGAGGAAGAAAUAACGAUACUGACUACUCUAAUUCUAUUUUAAGUGAGUUUAAUGUCACAGCUGGAAAUACAUAUCGAUUUCGUUUAAUUGGUGCUCAGAGUCUUUAUGCUUAUCGUUUCUCAAUAGAAGAUCAUAAAUUAACAGUAAUAGCAACUGAUGGUCAGUUUAUUAAACCAGUGAUGGUCGAUUACAUUAUAAUACAUUCUGGAGAAAGAUAUGACUUCCUUUUGAAAACGAAAGAAGUGACCACCAUUCGACAGUUCAUGAUACGUGCAGUUACAUUAAAGUUUACUGCAACAUCAACUUAUUUAGAAGAACAGUCAGCAGAAGCUAUUCUCAAUUACAACAGUGUUACUACACCCUCCAGUGACUAUGCAGGUAUUGCUGAAAGAAUUAAAAAUGUUAGUCGAAGAUGUACUGACGAGUGUGUAGCUCUCAACUGUCCUUUUGAAGAAUUUCCAGAGGCUAUCAAUAUUGUCUGUAUGCAUAUUACUGAUUUAAAACUGCUAACUGAAUAUCCUGAAGACCUGCCUACAACUGCUACUGAUGACACUACAAGGUUAUUCUUUAAUUUCGGUUUUGAAGGAACACGUCGAACCAGUUCCAUAAAUGGACGUAAUCUAAAACUACCAUCAGCAUCACUGGCACAGCUUGAGCCAAAUAAACUAACUGAUAUUGAAAAUAAUGAAUACUGCAUGCACCCAAAAAACAAAGAGCCAAAUACAAAUAAGUGUGAUCGUAAUAAUGAAGUAGAAGUGAUAUCACCUGAUUGCCACUGCACUCAUGUUCUUCCUGCAGAGGAAGGAAAGUCCAUUGAACUAGUUCUAUCAGCUACUGGAUCAAAAGAACAAAGAAAUAACUAUGCAUUCGCUCAUCCAAUACAUCUUCAUGGUCAUUACUUUCAUGUCGUUGAAAUUGUAUUUGGUGAGUAUGAUGAUAAUGGAACACUUAUAGCUGGUAAUGAUACAAUUGAUUGUGGGGAUAGUUACCUAUGUGUUAGACCUCGCUGGACAAAAAAUGAAUUUAACAGACGAAAAGAAUUGGGUAAGAAGUCAAUAUCACCUACUGCUCCACUGAAGGAUACUCUGUUAAUACCAGCUGGUGGGUAUGCUGUUGUGUAUUUUAAAACUGAUAAUCCUGGUUGGUGGUUCCUACACUGUCAUAUUGAGGUACAUCAAUUGGAGGGAAUGGGAGUCAUCAUUGAUGAAGGAGGGAAGAAGACAAUACCACCUAAAGGCAUGUAUAAAUGUGGGAAUUUUUCACUGACGCCAAACGAGUUUAAAGCAGCAAUUAAUACUACAGAACGUUCUGUAGAUUGCACUCAAUGUCCUGAAUCAUGCCGAAAAAAGAAUGAUUUUGGAGAUCAGAAAAGGCAUGAAAUAUGUAAAUGGUAUAGUGUUGGUCUUGGAAUCUCUGUUGGCCUGUUAGGAUUAUAUGGAAUCGCAGUAACUGUGCUUAUAAUAAUAAUAAUAAUUGCAUUUGAUGAGGUGCGCAACAAAAUUUGUUGUUGCUGCUCUAUGAAUAAGAACAAAAAAUAAAAAAUGCAUUUUUGAAUUUUGUCUUCAUUAUACAUGUAAACAUAGGCAUCGAAUGAUUUUUGACUUUUGUGUUGUAAUAUUUUGUCUAACUUUUGUGGUGCAGAGAUUUCGAAGGAAAAUAUACUGUAUAAAUUAA